UCCGUCUUCCGUGUUGUCGACAGUUGUGCGCCGUGCGGCGGUCGUGUGUGUCGUGGCAUAUCGCGUAACGUCCUCGUCGUCGUCGUCGUCGUCGUCGUCGUCGUCGCGUUUCCGUUGUGGUCGUGGUUGACGUCAACGUGACUUAACGCUAUCCGCACGCGGGUGCGCGGAACUGCAAAUGCGAGUGCACGUGGCGCAACCACCUUUCGAAAUUAUCGGCGCGUGCCGAUACAAGAUCUGAAAGCGUGUCGCUCUUGGACACCGCCACGACGACCGAUUCUUUGCCACCGAUCCCGCGCGGAUGAUCCAACAUGGCGUCGACCGAUCUGUCGUUCGGCUCUAUACCAGCGUUCUACAGAGAAGUCUACGAGAAGAUCUGCUCGCCCACCAGCGGAAACGUCAAACUCGAGGUGUUCAAGUCCCUCCUGGUCAAAUCGCGGCUAAACGGCUCCAUUGUUAGUCAGAUAUGGAAGUUGGUAGACAGCAAGACGGGUUAUCUCACGAGGAGCGGUUUGUACAAGGGCCUCGCGCUCGUUGCCUUCGCUCAACAGGGAAAACAACCGAGUGACAAGCUUUUGGAAAACUCUGAAUCUCAAGAAUUACCGGUCCCUGCGCUGGGUGAUCUGUCGGAAGUCACGCUUUUGGCACAGAGACUGCACAGAGGUAAUCCCGCCAAGCUGAGUCACACGUACUCGGACAUAUGCAAUCUAGACACCAUCGAAGUGAAUCUCGUUCCCGAGAAGAAGGGUAUCUUUCUCAAGCACGUCGAAUAUCAAGUCACCAGCAAGGUAUCGUACAGUAGAUUCAAUUCUGUGGUCUACAGGCGUUACAAUGACUUUGUGUCGCUGUACGACCUCCUCCUGGCCCGAUUUCCAUACAGGUUGAUACCCAAAUUACCACCGAAGAAGAUCGUGGGAGCGGAUUCGCAAUUUCUCGAAGAGAGACGGCGCUCUCUCCUACGAUUCCUCACGCUAAUCGCUCGUCACCCGGUAGUGAGCGAGGACCCGAUCGUACAAUUCUUCUUCACGUACACUGGCGAUGAGACGCAGCACAAGAUUCGCGAAGUGUUUAGGCGCGUGCCGGACGAAUUCGCGACGUCGGAGCUGUCGUCCAGAGCGAAGGAACUGGUGCCGCCCGAGACGCUGACCGAGUUUGCGAAUAGUCGCGAUCAGAUUCGCGUGAUACUUCUCGGGAUUUCCCGGUUGAAGCACAUCGCCGAUGGUCUGGCAAUCAGAUCGCACAAUUACGCGGUCGACAUGGCCGAGCUCGGAACUCAACUCAACACUCUAGCUGCGGAACAACACGGUACCGGUGCUUGGAUCACCAGCGGUUCCAGUCUCUGGCAAGACAUGAAGAAAGGCUUCCACGCAAUCUCCAAAGAAUUCAACCUGCUGUCGACCAGAGCGCUCCAACAAGCGGUUAGAGAGGAGACCAUGGUCUGCGAGAGAUUAAAUCUUCUGCUCGACAUUUUAGUCGCACAUAGAAUGUUGUGCGAGAGACACGAACGAGGUGUCAGCGCCGAUCAUCAACGCGCUCUGUCCACGAUGUUGUCCCUCAAGAAACGGCAGAUGCAAGGCGUCAUUCGUGGGACCGACGCCGACACCGUCGAGUAUCUGGAGAACAAGAUGGUAUCCCAAGAGUCGGUGAUCGCCAACGUCGAACUGAGAAAUUGUUUCUCGCUGCUCUGCAUGCACAUGGAGACCCAACUCGUGCACGCGCAUCUCGAGAUACUCGCCACCGUGCUACAGAGUCUCGUGAGCGUGCAGAUCCGCGGCCAUUCCGAGGUAAAUGUCAUUGUUCAAUUCCAUCAAUCGAUUCUCUCGCCAUGUCGAACGAUGUCGUUGUACUUUUCUAUUGAUAAACAUGUUCGUUUCGCAUACGCGGAGAGACGCAAAAAGACUUUGUUGGCUGAAGUGUGGAAACUAAUCGAACCAACGAUAACGAAAUAUUUACCGGAAAAAUUGGCGAGUGGAUCCAAUGGAGGAUAGCAUAAGAAAAUCUUCUAUUUCGUCCCGCGGGAUCGCGGGACCGUGCACGAUCCCUGACUGACAUGACCAUCGACCGAUGUGGAGAAUGUGGAGAAAGAGACUUGCCCGCGCGGUAUUUCCUAGAUAUUUAUCGUCUUGGGUCGAUUAAGCUCUCGUGUAUGUUGUAACGCGUGUUUUUAUACAUUCCUUGUUGAGUACUUAAUAUAUUUUAUGAAUUACCAAUGAUAUUUUGGAUUCUAAUCGUUGUAUCGCUCUGUGUACAUAAAGACUUGUAGGUUGUAUAUACACCUUGUAUAGGCUCCUGUAUCUGAAUACCUGAGCCAAUUGUUAAUAUACGUAUAUACACAUAUAAUACAUAGUACGUACACUCGUACCUACAAUUUUUAACAAACAAAGAACUCGUAGUGUGCAUUUUGUGAUGCACACUUUCGUAACGCGCCUUUGAAAAGUAAUCUGAAAAAUCUUAGGCGCGUAGCCACGUUGAUCGUGGAUGCAAUACGUUUUCUACGUACAAUGUCUCGGAAUUGUACCACACCACACAUCACUCUACGUAAUCGAAUACUCGAUUUUAACAAACUUUUCGCACAAAUUUAGAUUUAUCGACAUUAUUGCCUCUUUUCAGAAGAAAGAUGUAAAGAAUUAAGAAAUUUUCGAAAACCCAGUGUUCAAUCAAGUCUUUUUAUUACGAAAACUUAAUUUUUCUGAUGACUAACAAGCUUUUAAAUGCAAAAAUCGACAUUAGUUCUGAGAUGUUCCGCAUACGAUACUCAUGUUUGUGCAACAUAAUGCUAAUAAUAAAAUAUAUUGUUAUUAUUAAAUUA